AUAUAAUAAAAACACUAAAAAGAACAGGGUAGACAUGUAAGAUAUAAUAAAAGCACUCAAAAGAACAGGGUAGACAUGUAAGAUAUAAUAAAAACACUCAAAAGAACAGGCAACAGACAUGUAAGAUAUAAUAAAAACACUAAAAAGAACAGGGUAGACAUGUAAGAUAUAAUAAAAGCACUCAAAAGAACAGGGUAGACAUGUAAGAUAUAAUAAAAACACUCAGAACAGGGUAGACAUGUAAGAUAUAAUAAAAACACUCAGAACAGGGUAGACAUGUAAGAUAUAAUAAAAACACUCAAAAGAACAGGGUAGACAUGUAAGAUAUAAUAAAAACACUCAGAACAGGGUAGACAUGUAAGAUAUAAUAAAAACACUCAAAAGAACAGGGUAGACAUGUAAGAUAUAAUAAAAACACUCAAAAGAACAGGGUAGACAUGUAAGAUAUAAUAAAAACACUCAGAACAGGGUAGACAUGUAAGAUAUAAUAAAAACACUCAAAAGAACAGGGUAGACAUGUAAGAUAUAAUAAAAACACUCAAAAGAACAGGGUAGACAUGUAAGAUAUAAUAAAAACACUCAGAACAGGGUAGACAUGUAAGAUACAGUUAACCCGUUUCUCAGAAGAGGGGAAAGAGGAUCAGUCUUGAGAGAUUAUAAUUAUUGUGUGACGCUAAAAACAUUUUUUUUAUCCUAAAUAAUUAUUUAGUAAAAUGUUCAGAAUAUUUUGUGUGCCACUUUGUUCAUGUUUCUGUUGUUUAUUCUGUCGUAAAUGAACUUCCGGGACGAGCCGCUCCGGGACGAGGCUUCCCCAGAGCAGUCCGCAGGAUGCAGAGCAGCUGCUAACCGGAACACCGGAACACCUGCAGGGACACCUGCAGCCGACGUGCGUGACAGGCAGGUGCGCGUGCACGAUGACGGAUCGAUCGGCCGUAUCUGAAACCAUCGAUUCGGCUCGUGGAAGAAGUUUCUCUGCGGUUUCCUCAGUUUAGUAUGAGUGGAGCUGAUGAUGCAGCUAACGGGUAACAGCAGCUAACGGGCUAUAGCAGCGAACGGGGUAACAUGGACACGCUGCUGGACUUUGAGGAGUGUGUCAAAGACUCACCUGACUUCAGACUGAAGCUCGAGCUGUUCGAGGCGGAUGUUUCUGUGCUCGAGACACGAGUGGACAAGGUGAUGAAGCUUUGCGCUAACAUGGUGGAGGCGGGACAAGCGUACAGCGCAGCCAAUCAGCUGUUCCUGACCGGCCUGGCUGAGCUCUGCAUGUCCCCCAAGCAGGACCGCGUCAUCACAAACUGCCUGAACCACUUCAACCAGGGCCUGCAGGAGAUGGUCAGCUUCCACACAAUGUUCUUUGAUCAGACUCAGAGAGCCAUCAGCCACCAGCUGACCAACCUCUGUGCACAGUUCCUGCCCCAGCUGGGGGACACCAGGAGGGAGCUGGUCCGGAUCCGGGGGGCCCUGCAGGCGGCGGCCCUGAAGAGUUCUCAGGCGUCUCGUCUCCGAGCCGCAGACGGCGAGCGGGCAUGACGUCCUGCCGCUGCAUCGCGCCCGGUGCUGCAGCACUUUGCCCUGGACUACUGUCUGCAGCUCAACACUUUCAAGACUCAGCAGAGAGUCGACGUCUUAAACUCAGUGUUCUCCUUCGUCCACGCUCAGUUCACCUUCUUCCACCAAGGAUUCGACCUCCUCCGGGACCUGGAGCCCACCAUGAAGUCGAUGGCAGCACAGUUGUCUCAGGCGUCUUCAGACUGUGCAGCGCAGAGAAAAGAGCUGGAGAACCAACACCUGCUGGCCCAGAGAGAUGCUUCUGGAGAGCCGACGGUCUGCCCGUGUCCCGGUAGUGAUGACAUCAUCCAGGGUCACCUGUUCAAGCGCUGCAGGAGGAAACCCAAAACCUGGAAGAGAUGCUGGUUUUCCAUCAGAGACAACCAGCUCCUGUACAGGAAGUCACACAAGGUGGACUCUGUGGUUCUGUUCCAGGAUCUCAGACUUUGUGCCGUCAAGUCUCUGGAGACUCUGGACCGACUGUUCUGUUUCCAGCUGCUGUCAGUCCAGAAGCUCUGUCUCCUGCAGGCUGACUCUCAGCAGCUGCUUCAUCUCUGGCUCAGCGCUCUGCACGGCAGCAUCGACCGGGCGUACCGCGGGAGAGAGGUACUGUGUACAAGUACCUCAGAGCCCCCCCCCGCCCCGGGCCCCCCCCCUCACAGGCCCCCCAGGGUGCUGGCCGUGGCCCUCGGGGCUCCAGGCAACCAGCUGUGCUGUGACUGUGGGGAGGAGGAGCCUCACUGGGCCUCCUGCAACCUGGGAGUCACCCUGUGUAUCCAGUGCUCCGGAGUACACAGGGCGGAGAAGGAGGCGUGGAUCUCAGAGAAGUAUGUGGACAGGAGGUUCGUCUCAGCGCGAGGUCAGAAGGUCGACGCCCAGUGGCUCUACCGAGCGGCGGAGGCCGGGGACCUGGUGGCCAUGGCAACGGCGUUGGCCCAGGGGUCAGAGGUCAACCAGAGCAUCACAGAGGAGGAGGGACGCACGGCGCUCAUAGGAGCUGCUGUAGGGGGGUCGCUGUCGGCCUGUGAAUUUCUGCUGCUGAACAGAGCGAACAUCAACCACCGAGACCAGAGAGGACGAGGAGCGCUCCACGCUGCUGCUGCUGCUGGACACACGGGACAGGUGUGUCUGCUGCUGAAGAGGGGAGCCAAUCAGUACGCUGCGGACGAAAGGGGCCAGGACCCGUUGGCCAUCGCCGUGGAAACCGCCCACGCUGACAUCGUCACACUACUGCGGACGGCCAGGAUGAACGAAGAGAUGAGGGACUCAGACGCCGUGUUUGGAGCGAUGGGAGAUGACGAGACCUUUCAGGACAUCUUCCGAGACUUCAGCGACAUGGCGUCACACGACCCCGAGAGGCUGAGCCGCCGGCAGUUCAGCCGCCCCGGGGAGCAGCAGGAGGAGGAGGAGCAGGAGGAGCAGGAGGAGGAGCAGGAGGAGGAGAAAGGGUGAACGACCCACUGGAGACUUUGACCUUUUAGAAGAGUGGACUGAUGUGUGUGUGUUUGUGUGGUUGGAUCCCCGGCUCCACUGGUCCAUGUCGAUGUGUCCUUGAGCAAGGCACUUAAGCCAAACGCUCCCGUAGCUGUGGAUGUUUGUUACAGGUGGAACCGUAGCUCCGCCCACCUGGUGUGAAGGGGUGAAUGUUACAAGAAACAGAGACUCCGCCCCUUAACGAGACCAGAGACUCCUUACAUUCAAUAUUAUUAUUAAGGAGGAGGAGGAGUUCCUCCUGGUGGUCUUACUGUUGCGUAAUGUGCUGCUGAAUUAAAGCUCUUCAUACACAA